CUUCUUCUUUAAUCUCCUCCUUUUCUCCCCCUUUCUUUGUUAAUAAACAGAGGCAACAGCAGCAGCAGCAGCAGCAACAACAACAAGAGAAAGAAAGAAAGAAAGGAGACAAGAACAGAACAAAGAAGAAGGAAGGGAAGCAGAGAGAGAGAGAGAUAGAACAGAACAAAGUAGAAGAAAGCGAAGCAGAGAGAGAGAGAGAGAGAGAGAGAUAGAGAUCGAGGACUCCGACCAUCUCGCGCUUUAUUUAGAUAUCCCGGGAGAAAAAGAAAAGAAAAGAAAAGAGGGAGAUGUCGUCUUCGGAUCCUGCAAUCAAGCUGUUCGGGAAGACUAUUAUUGCUCUGCCUUUACCCACCCAAGACGACGGCGGCGGCGGUGGUCAUGACGACGAGGGCUUUCCCAGUGAAGGGACUGCAACCAGCACUAGUCAUGAGAUCAUCAUCAUGAAGGAAAAGGGAGAAGACACACGCCCGGCUUCAGAUGAACAAGGUAUUGAUGCUCCUACAACAACUCCAGUAGACCACGAGGCUCCCAAAAGAUCACACUCCUCCUCCGACGACGAGGAGGAGGACGACGACGAGGACGACGACGACGAUCAAGCAGGCAAGGGCCCAAAGAGUAGCCAAGGAAAUAAUAAACACAGUGAUUCAUCAGGCAGCAAUGCUCAAGAGAAACCCCCGUUAAAGAAGCCAGACAAGAUCCUGCCCUGCCCUCGGUGCAACAGCAUGGACACAAAAUUCUGCUACUACAACAACUAUAAUGUCACAGCAGCAGCAGGAGCCUACUGGGGCUGCACCACUUGGGGCAUGCCUUGGAUUGCCCCCAUGGCUUCUACUUCUCCAACAAGCGGGUUUGGGUCUAAUAAUUCUCCAACCCUUGGCAAGCACUCGAGGGAAGGGGAGGUUCUUCACAGAGGAGGAGAGAGCUUUAAGCAGAGCAACCAGGAGGAGAAGAAUCUGUGGGUCCCUAAAACAUUGAGGAUCGAUGACCCUGAAGAUGCGGCCAAGAGCUCCAUAUGGGCAACCAUGGGCUUCAGCAGGGAUGAUAAGCCCGGCGGCGUCAUGAGCGGCCGCAAAGGAGGAGGCCUUUUCAAAACGUUCCAGAACAGCAAGACAGAGCCCGGCUGUCACGACAGGGCGGAGUCGAAUUCUCAGGUGUUGCAUGCCAAUCCUGCAGCCUUGUCGCGGUGCAUCAAUUUCAACGAGAGCUCAUGAGCAUCCCUGGGCAUCACCCGCCCACGGAGCAAGCAGUCUCUGCUCUUGCUAACCUUGGAGGGCUUGAUCAGUUUGUGUACGUUGUACAUAUGCAUAUAUACGUAUAUAUGUAGAAGAGCGACAGGGGAAUGGUCCGAGAGAAGAGAUCUAAAGUCGUUUGCAGAAGGAGAUGUAAGAGUCGUACGUAGAAAUGAUAGCAAAAUCCCCGCCUUUCUUUUUUUUUUUUUU